AUGACUCCAGCAUUUAGUAAUUUAAACACGAUUCGAAAUUUUAGUUCUGGAGAAAAAAUAUCAACAUCAUCGAAAUUAUGUGAUCCUAGUGUAAUAAAUUAUUUACAUUCACUUGUUAAAGAUAUCGAGAAUAAGCAACAAAAACAAGAUCUUUUGUCCCUUUUAUUAAAUUUUUAUAAUAUUUUUGAUAUAACAAAGCAUAAUAUAGCUCGAACACCUAAAUCACACGUUAUUAAUACUAUUCCACAUUCACCUCCAUCUAGUAGACCAUAUCCGCAACCGGAUAAGGAGGAGGCGAUGUAUAAGCUUAUUCAGGAGUUUCUAGCAGCAGGUCUAAUUUCUCAAUCUAAUUCUCCCUAUGCUGCUCCGGCAAUACUUGUUAAGAAAAAAGAUCAAUCAUAUAGAUUAGUAGUUGAUUAUAAACGACUUAAUGCUAUAACCAUUAAAGAUUCUUCGCCACUUCCAAAUAUGGAAGAUACUUUAAGGAAGUUAGGAAAAGGUUUCUGCUAUUUUUCUAAACUUGAUCUUAAAUCAGGUUUCUAUCAGAUACCAAUAGACGACAACGAUAAAGAAAAGACAGCUUUCAUAACACCAUUCGGUCUUUAUCAGUUUAACGUACUCCCAAUGGGAUUACGUAACUCUCCUCCGACUUUUCAAAAAGUUAUGACUGAUAUGCUGAAGUCGUGUCAUCACUUAAAACAAGUAUUUUCAGCAUUACAAUCAAAAAGCUUAGUAUUAAAUCCACCUAAAUGUGAAAUAGCUGUCAGACAAAUCGAUUAUCUCGGUCAUACUAUUACUAAAGAUUGUAUUAAGCCAAUGAGAGCAAAAAUAGACGCUAUUUUAAAUAUAGAAGAACCACGUACUUUAGCUCAAGCUAAUCGCUUUCUAGGAUCUUUAGGAUGGUAUAGGAAAUUUUUACCAAAAUUUGCCGAUAUAGCUGCCCCAAUACAUGCUGUUACUAAUCUAACAAAAUCUAAUCGACGAAAAUUUAAAUGGGAAAAUCCUCAGUCACAAGCUUUUCGGCAGCUUAAGCAGAUGCUUAUUACUGAGCCUUUAUUUUUACACUAUCCUGUAGAUGAUUUACCUUUGAUUCUAACUACAGAUGCUAGUGAUAUAGGUAUUGGUGGCGUUUUACAGCAAAAAGUAAACGGCAAUAUUCAUAAUCUUUAUUAUCAUUCUCAACUUAUGACAACGUGUGAGAAGAAAUAUAGUACUAUAGAAAAAGAAGCACUAGCUAUUUAUAAGUGUUUAGAACGUAUGCGAUCUUUUGUUCUAGGACGUAGUAUAAUUAUCAUGACUGAUCAUUGUCCGUUAUGCUACAUUCUGCAAAAAUCUAUAAAAAAUACUAGAGUCAAUAGAAUAACACAUUUAAUUCAAGAAUACAAUAUUGAUAAGAUAGUACACAUUCAAGGUCGUUAUAAUUGUCUACCUGACUAUCUUUCUCGUUAUUCUAAAGAACAAGAUGAUGCGUUAUUUAAUAUUGACUAUGGACUAGCUAGUAAAAAUAAAUCAAAAAAUUUUAGUCAGCAAAAACUUGUAGCAGCUAUGACUUUACGACCACGUAAAAAACAAGCUAUAGCUAGGAAUGAUCACCAAUCCAUUGAGAAUCAUAACAUCAUUUCUCAACAGUUCGAUACAUUAUCUCAGUCCGAAGAUAUAAAAAAGAACAAAUCAUUUUCUAAUCUUUCACAUAACUAUUUCGAUAUAGCGCAGUUAAAAAUUGAACAACAACGAGAUCCUCAAAUACAAAAGAUAGUUCAAAAUUUUAGUUUAGAAUCUACUAAGAAUUCGUUUCUAUUAAAAGAGGAUAUAGUUUAUAAACUUAUUUCAUUAAAUAAAUAUUCUCAUAAUAAGAUUAAAGUUAUAUAUUUACCUACAUCUAUGAUAGAGUCAUUAUUGCGAGCAUCGCACGAUGAUCCAAUGUCAGGUUCACAUUUCGCUACAGAUCGAAUGUAUUAUAAAAUUCGUACUCAUUUUUGGUGGCCAAAAAUGAAAACCACCAUUCAACGUUAUGUAAAGUCUUGUAGUUUAUGUACACAAUUUAAUUUAAGUCGUGCUAAGAAAUAUGGUCAUUUGCGUUCUAUUCCACCACCAGAAGGACCAUUAGCAUUAAUAGGUAUUGAUUUCUGCGGACCUUUACCUAGAACUCCACGUGAGAACCAAUAUGUACUUGUUAUUACAGAUUAUUUUACGAGACAUAUAACUGCAAUAGCACUUCCUAAUUGUACAGCUGAAACUACAGCGCGCGCCUUAUUUGAUGAUUUUUUCUGUAAGUUUGGUAUACCUUCAGUUAUUCUAAGUGAUCGAGGAACACAUUUUCAAAAUAAACUGAUGGAAAAUUUGCAGAAACUCAUAGGCUAUAAUCAUAUUUAUAGUACUGCUUAUCAUCCUCAGACAAACGGAGUUGUAGAACGCUUUAACGCGACGUUUGUAGCUCAGAUUUCGAAGUUACAGAGUACUCAACAUAAUAACUGGGAUGAGUUUCUACAAGCAGUUGUAUUUGCCUAUAAUACGGGAGAGCAUAAAUCUACGAAAUUUUCACCGUAUGAGUUGCUAUAUGGUCGCUCUGCUCGUCUUCCGAUUCAUAUACAACCUCAAGAAUUUACAUUUCUUAGACCUAAUGACUAUUUCGAACAGUUAAAGAAAACAUUGCGUAUAUUUCAUCAAGCAUCGAGAGAUAAUAUUUUACUUCAGCAGCAGGCUAAUCAGCAUUAUUACAACAAAAGUCGCCUCAAUCCACAGUUAAAUGUAGGAGAAAAGGUUUUAACCAGAAGUUAUGGUUUAAAAGGAAAACUAGAUCCGAAAUUUUCUUCUAUUCCAAAAAUUGUUGUUGAAGCUUAUCAUCCAAUAUAUAUAGUAGAAGAUGAAUGUACACGCAUAAGAUCACAGGUACAUAUUAAUGAUCUUCGACCUAUUAUUACAAAUUAA